CUAAGCAAACUUUGGAGGACUGUUAGAAAGCAUAGUCUUAAUAUUCGUUGAAUAAGAGUAGUGUUGACUUGAUUGCUACGAUUCAAUUCACCAACGAUUUUCUUUCGCUGACGCUCUUAUUUUGUAGGCUACUACUUAUUUUUUAACUAGCCUACAUAGCCUAAUUUCCCAGGAAGUAAAAUGGAUUCCGAGUACUUGAAAAUACACCUGGGGAAAUGCCUUGCCGAAGGACUGGCAGAGGUGGCUGAACGACGACCCGUAGAUCCUAUUGAGUAUCUUGCUCACUGGAUUUAUAAAUACAGCAGUGACCAGGAAUACGAGGCCACGAGGAAGGAGAACCAAGCGUUACUAGAGCUGGAGCAGGCCAGAGCCAGAGAGGAGGGGCAGCACCAGAAGAGGUUGAGGCAGGAGGAGGAAGAAAUAAAAGAAGCGCUGGAAAAGGCCCAAAAGGCAUCAGAACCUGCUAGCACUCCUGCGGAACGAAAUGUCAAAAGGCCCAAAAGUUCUAACAACCCGUCGACGCUUGCCCCGGUCUUGGAAGGAGAAGACAUCUCACACAAGCAGCCUGCUGAAGACAGCGUCGAGGAGAAUAAGAACCCACAGGAGCCUCUGGUCUCUGAUACAGAGAACCAGCAGGGGGCAGCAGAAGCCAUCCUAACUGAAGGGGAUAACCCUGGGCAGGAGGUGAGGGGGGCAGAUGACGUAGCGGUGGGAGACACCGCGUCGGGGGAAUCAGAGGAAGGCGCCGCCUCUGCUCCGGCAGAGGUCCCUGGCCCCCCAGCUAAGGAGGAGUCACAGGAAGUGCCGCAAGAAGCCUCUGAGGUGGACUCAAGGCCCGGGGAACCGCAGGGAGCGGGGGACACCGCGGGGCGCCAGGAUGAGACAGAGGUGGCAAAGGGAUCCGAACAUACAGAAUCAGAGUCCACCGCCGCCUUAGAACCCUCGGCUAGCCCAGAAAAACUGAACUCCGACUUAAAGGAAGAAGAAGAAGAACAACAAGAACUGCAAGAGACAAAGACACAAAGCCCCUCUCCCCUUGAACCACGGGCUGAAGACCAGAUGGAGGAAGGCCCAGAAGAGCCCACAGCCCCAGCCGAGGCUGUGGAAGUGGGCUCGGUCUCCGGUCGGGAGGAUGGUCCACUGCCAGAAGAGAAGGAGGAAGUUCCCUCUGAUGAUCGGGAUGAAGACGAGGAGGAGGCAGACCGGCCAGCCGAUGAACCCGAGGAGGGGGCAGCACCCGAGGAUAUGGAGGAAGUGACAUCACAAGAGGAGUCUGAAAGCAAUUCUGAGAGCAAGGAGCAAACGCCUGAAGAGGAAGAAGAAAAAGAUGCAGACUAAUUCUACCACAUCACAGUCUCUGUUUAGUAUCCAUAAUAUAUAACAUGGCCAACAUAUACUGAUAGUGUUUUUUUUAAAGGCCUUUGCAUGGGAUGACAUCAAUAAAAAGUUUUAAGUUUUAAUAAAAGUUUACUGAAUCAGUG